AUGGAGUCAGCGCAGCCAGAGGCCUCAUGCCUCCUGAUCGGAAGGGAGCUGGGCUACAACACGUGGCAAUGGUUCCUCCAGACGAAAUCUGCAUUUGCAAUUGGUGUCACCGGUUUCCCUCCACACUUUCGCUUAGACCGCGGCACCGGCCGCCUCGUAGUGGCGGACAGGCUGGACCGGGAGGAGCUGUGCGGGCAGUCCGCUACCUGCACGCUCCCCUUCGAGCUCCUGCUGGCGAACCCCCUGCAGUUCUUUCGGGUCGAGGUGGCGGUGCAGGACGUCAACGACCAUUCGCCCGUUUUCCCGGAGGAACGAGUCACUUUUAAAAUCCUGGAAACGAGCAACCCGGGCUCGCGUUUCCCGCUGGAGGGGGCUCGGGACCUGGAUGUUGGCAGCAACAGCAUCCAGGCUUACAGCAUCUCUCCCGACAACGAGUACUUUAGUGUCUCUUUUGGCAGUCAGAGUGAGGACGACAAAUAUGUGGAACUGGUCUUGGAAAUGCCUCUAGACAGAGAGGAGCAGGCGGAGGUGGGUUUCAGUCUCAUCGCCGUGGACGGGGGCUCUCCGCCCAGGAGUGGGACCACCCAAAUCCACAUUGUCGUUCUAGAUGUAAAUGACAAUGCUCCCGUCUUCACGGAGGAGCGGUACGUUGCUCAGGUUUUGGAAAAUGCACCGGAGGGCUCUGUGGUCAUCAGCGUGGUUGCAACCGAUCGGGACGUGGGAAUCAACGGGGACAUCACCUAUCAGUUCAGCCAAGCAGUGGGCCAGAGCCACUUGGCAUUCGCAAUUGACCCCAGGAGCGGUGAAAUUAAAGUCACAAAGCCUCUGGACUUUGAGGCAGCACAGAAUCACGAGCUCAGCGUGCGGGCCACAGAUGGCGGGGGCCUCUCGUCAAUCUGCAAGGUGUUGGUGGAGGUGGUGGAUGUGAAUGACAAUGCACCAGAGCUGGUGGUCAAUUCCUUCAGCAGCCCCCUCCCCGAGAACGCAUUACCCGGGACAGUGGUCGCCCUCUUUACUGUCAGGGACCGAGAUGCUGGCGCCAACGGGAAGAUCACCUGUGCCCUUGAAGACCAGCUGUCGUUCUCCCUGCGGCCGGCCUAUAAGAAUUACUACGAGCUGGUGACCGUGAGCACUCUGGACAGGGAGGAGACAGCACGGUACAUCCUCACUGUCACAGCAGCAGACGUGGGGUCACCUCCUCUCACGACCACCCAGACCUUCACGGUGGACAUCUCCGAUGUCAACGACAAUGCACCUGUCUUCAACCAGACGUCGUACACCAUGCAUGUGCGUGAGAACAAUGCCCCCACAGUGCUCGUCGGAGCCGUCAGUGCCGCGGAUGCCGACGUGGGGCCCAAUGCCAAGGUGACCUAUUCCCUGGCACCAGCCCACCCCGCAGAGCAGCCUCCCUGCUCCUGCAUCUCUGUGAACUCUGAGAACGGGCAGGUGUUUGUGCUGCGGCCUCUGGACUAUGAGCAGGUGAAGCAGAUGGAGGUCUUGGUGAGCGCCUCCGAUGCGGGGUCUCCUCGGUGCCAUGCCAACGUCACCGUCCGCCUUGUCGUGGUGGAUGAGAAUGACAAUGCGCCGCUGGUGCUGUACCCCUCGCAGCAGCCCACGUGA